AUGAACUCUGGAACUCCUGUCGAGGACACCAUCCGGGCCAAGAUCACCGCCGCCUUUGAUCCUCAGACACUAGAGAUCUACAAUGACUCUCAUCUGCAUGCUCAUCACAAGCCCAUGCAAGGCAGCACCUCCAGCGAGACCCACUUCCGACUUGUCAUCACAUCCGACGCCUUCACCUCCAAGAUGCAGCCCGCCCGCCACCGAAUGGUCUACGCCCUGCUGCGUGACGAGAUGGCCCUUGAGGGUGGAAUCCACGCCCUGCAGCUCCGCACCAUGACCCCCGAGGAGGAAGAGCGCCACAAGGCCAAGAAGGAGGCCGAAGCUAGGGCCGCCACCGCCGCCGAGGAGGAAGCUGAGACUUGA